GGUUUAUAUACUAUAUAAAGACAUAGUAAGUUAUAAUAUCGUUUGUUGCGGAUUUGAUAUUAGAUUGCUUUGGUCAUGUCAGCUGUCAAAUAAUGAAAACUAAAAUAUAAGUGAAGUUUCCAUUUAAUUUGGUUAAACUUGUAUCCCUUCAAAUAGUUAAAUUUUUAGUUAGUAGUCUUACAAAAACAUAUUAAGACGCUUAUAAUAUUGUCUUAAUAUGAAUUGGUACCAAGGAAGCAUACCGGAGGCGAUCCAGAAAUCCAAGACCAAAAAUGCAAUUUUCGUCGUUUACGUUGAAGGUAAAGAUGAGGCUUCGCAAAGAAUUACAGAAUUCUUAAAUGAUGAAAAAAUUCGCGGCAAGUUGGAAACUGAUAAUUUCAUUGCUAUCAAAAUAGAGAGCGAAACUCAAGAGUAUAUGCAGUUCGCUUCCGUGUACAAAGUUGUUCCUAUACCAUCAUUAUUUUUUAUUGGUCAAACUGGUACACCAUUGGAUAUCGGCACUGGCAUUAUUUCGUCCGUAAAUGAGUUGGAUGAUAAGAUUAUUAAUGUUUUGCAAAUUUCUGGGAAAGUAACUUCUGCAUCGACUUCACUGAUUGAGGCCGAACAAGCACAUAUUGAGGCAAGCAUUCCUGCAGCAUCUAACACGGCAGCUAAAGACUUGGUGACAAAGAAUAGUGUUGAAGAUAUUCUAGAGCAUGUUGUAGAAGAACCGGUUAUACCUGAAAAUGUCUCAACUGCAGCGGAGAUAACUGAAUGUACCGAUGUUAGUGGAGCGGCUUGUGUUGUAAAUGAAGAAAAUAUGGUUAAGACAAAGUCAACUAAAUCUGCAGAAGGUGAUAAAGAAUAUGAAAUAAUAUGUGAUGGUGAUGUUUGCUACAAGAAAUUGAAAGAGAAAACGGAUGAACGGGAAGCAGCAGGAAACACACCAAGUCAAGAUGAUCCAACGACUUCAAAUAAUGACGAAGCUAUUUUAACUGAUGUCAAUGCACGCCUUGCCGAAACCAGAAAAACAAUGGAGGAACAGCGUAAGAAACGUAUUGAAGAAGAAAACAUUUUGGAAAAGGAACGUGAACUGCGUCGCAGGAAGGAGGGUAAGGUUAUGCAAAAUUUACAGGAGUGGCAAAGAGAUCAGGAGUUGAAAGAAAUGAAGGAGAAUAUACGUCGCGAUCGUUUGGAAGAACAAGCUGCACGUGAACGUAUUCGCGCACAAAUUGCUGCUGAUCGUGCAGAACGUGCACAGAAGUUUACUGCAGACAUACCCAAACCAACUCCUUCUGAACCUACCACUUCGCAAGCUGCUUCAACCUCCAGUGUAGGGAUUGACUCUACACGUAUACAAUUCCGUAUUCCUAAUGGUGAGAAUAAGAAUCAGGUGUUUAAGCGAACAGUUACACUUUCCGAAGUGCGUGCUUAUGUUAAGAAUGAAUUGUUGCCGGGAACGGGUAUUAAAACUUUCGUUCUAUCUACCAACUAUCCUAAACGUGAAUUAACAACUGAAUUUGACACUAAGACCAUGGAAGAAUUGGAACUUAUUCCCAGUGCUGUUAUAUUGGUUAUUCCCAAGGAUACUGGUGGACCGUCAGCUAUAAUAGCGCGUAGGGGUGGCCUUAUGAAUAUUUUUGUUACAAUAUUUUGGGCUAUGCUGACUCCUGCACUCAUGAUUUUCAGCUAUUUUAGAAAUAUGAGCAAACGUGACGAUCCUGGUAAUCUUGGAGCUCAAAAGCGUGUCAAUGAAGAGCAGGGUCUCAAUUUGGAUGCAGCCAUUAAGCGACGAAAUUUGGACCCUUUUCUGCCAUCAAACUCCAGUCCACCAGACGGUGGUGUUGGUGCUGGUAGCAGUGGUGUUGGUAGAAGUGGUGCAGGAGUGACACCAACCGGUAAUAAUGAAUCAAUCCAAUCUUUCCGUCGCUAUGGUGGCUCAAACAUUCACCGCCUACGGGACAAUCAAAAGGAUUCGGAUGACGAUAAUGCCACUUGGAAUGGCAAUUCAACGCAACAACAAUAAGCUUCAUUCCACGUAAUUUAAAUUUCUAUUUGCAGACGCAACUAAAAAUUUGUUAGUAUUUUUAAUUAUUUAUAUUAUGCUUUUGUUGUCUGUGGUUGGGUUUAAAUGAUUAAAAUUUUUCGCUUUGAAUGUGUGGGGAUAAUGCAUAGAUUUGCUUGGCAAAAACUAUUUCACGUUAAAUUGAUUAUAUAUAACAAAUUUUACUUCAAAUAUUGUAAAACAUUAAAUGGAUUAAA